AUGGUUGAGUGGUUGGAGUCGAAAUGUGUUGAAGAUGGCGAAGACUACCAUUUCCAGAGUAUGAUGAAGCAUGCGAUGCGAGUGAUGAUCCCUUUCCUGCUCACAUCUUUUCUCAACCACUACCCAUGUAUGGUCCCGCACUUACAUUUCUCUUCACUCGUUCAAGAAAGAGGAAAACCUGCACAUUGUUUACGGAACACCUGCAUGACCACCACGGGCCAGGGUUUGCUUUUUGUGGCUGGUUUUAUCAGACACAUUACUGCCCCAGAUAGCUUCCAAAAUCUACGUUUCAUUUAUGCAUCUAAGGAAGAUGACUAG